GAAGAGGUUUUCUAAGGUUUAGAUGGGUGUGGCUCACUCUGAUCUUCACAAUGAUUUGUCUUCUUCAUCGUCGUCUUGUUUUGGGGAUCGGAAUCUAACGAAGCUUGGGUUAGGUGAUUUACCAGAGGCGUGUGUGGCAAUGAUUGUUGAGAAUUUGGAUCCUGUUGAGAUCUGUAGAUUCUCAAAGCUCAAUAGAGCAUUUCGUGGAGCUUCUUGGGCUGAUUGUGUGUGGGAAUCGAAGCUUCCUCCUAAUUACAGAGAUGUUCUCGAGAAAAUCCUUGGUGGGUUCCCUGAAAAUUUGCAAAAAAGAGACCUUUAUGCUUGUCUCUGCCGGAUUAACUCAUCCGAUGAUGGCACCAAGAAGGUAUGGAUAGAUAAACGAACCAGUGGUGUUUGUCUGUCCAUUUCAGCUAAAGGAUUAUCCAUCACAGGCAUUGAUGAUCGUAGAUAUUGGAGUCAUAUCCCCACUGAUGAAUCUCGGUUUUCUUCUGUAGCUUAUCUCCAACAAAUUUGGUGGUUUGAAGUUGAUGGUGAAAUCGAUUUCCCAUUUCCGGUUGGAACCUACAGCAUUUUCUUCAGGCUUCAAUUAGGCCGGUCUGGUAAGUGGUUUGGUCGACGGGUCUGUAACACCGAACAAGUUCACGGUUGGGACAUUAAACCGGUUCGAUUUCAACUCUGGACUGAAGAUGGUCAAUACUCCUCAUCUCAAUGUAUGUUAACUGAGCGGGGAAACUGGAUUCAUUACCACGGCGGAGACUUUGUUGUCCGGGAAUCUAAUAGAUCAUCGACGAAGAUUAAGUUUUCGAUGACUCAGAUCGAUUGUACCCAUACCAAAGGCGGGUUAUCUCUAGACUCUGUAGUCGUGUACCCGAGCUCGUGUAAAGGCCAGUUGAAGCGGUUUUAAUGUUUCAAUCGGAUCCGGUUUAGUGAGAGGUUAAAGGAGGUUUUUUAUGCAGUUCUUUAGCCUUGUAUAGAUGUAGUUAGAGCUUCUAUUUAGAGAGCUUUUGUUCUGUAACUUAAUUGAGUUUUGAAGCAAACUGUAAUAAUAUGUUGUGGACCUUGAGACUAAACCAUCUGUUAUAACUUGUUUGUUAUUAGUUACGUUAAGAAUAAGAAUGAUUAUUUGUU